GUAUGUGUGUGUGUGUAUGUUUUGAUGUCGAUGGCUGAGUUUUUCCUAUGUUGGUCGGUAGGUCGGUCGGUAAUGCCAUCAGUUCGAUUUGGACACUCUAAUCAGUCUGACGAAACAAGUAACGCGUUACGGUACUUUGACGGUCGCAAUAACGGAUUACCAACAAAAUUGAAAAAAAAAAAAAAUAAAUAAAUAAAGAAAACUAACAAAAAUUCAACUCGAGCUCAAAAUUAAAAUUGAUGUGGAAUAAUGCAAAAAAACAACAACAGAAAUUAUGUGAAAGCAAAUAAAGAUGCUUAGCAGAAAAUGUUGGAAAAUUUGAAAGAGUGUGCGAGUAUAAUUUUACUCAUUUGUGAAAUUUUAUUGAAACAAGGAGAAUAAAUCGAAAAUAUAUUAAAAUAAUUAAUAAAAAUUUAUUAAAAAAAUAUGUGUCUAAAAUCUACGUCAAAAUUAAUUUAAAAAUAAAAAAUCUUACAAUCUAAAAGCGUUUAAAUGUGUCUAAUUAAAAUAUAUAUUCUAUAACAAAAAAAAAAAAAUCUCUUGUCAACGACUCAAACCAAAUUUCUGUUUUAGUUUUCAUUGCAUUGUCUGCUCUUCUUGGCACUGCAUUAAACUUUAGCCCACGAUUCCCCAGCGGUAUUUCCUUUCAAAAUCAAGAUAAAAGCUUAAAAUCGUACAACGAGCUGCAGAUAAACAAUCACGAAAAAAAAACACACAUACACACACUCACUUGUUUCGCUUGCAAAAAUGUACAACUCGCCCAAUGUUGAGCAAUGUUCAUAAUGAAUGCCAACACAAGCAGCAGGGAAAGCAAAAACAACAACAACAACAUCAGCAACAGCAACAACACCAUAAAUGCAACGAAUUUUUUAAAAAUAUUAUUUAUAAAUCAUAAAAAUCGUUUGAAAAUCAAAAGAUAGUCCUGCCAAGAGCCAUCAGACAAAGAAAUGAAGAAAACAAAUUAAAAUCCCGCUAAAUUUUAGAGCUCAAAGAGAACAACUCAAAAGAAAACUGACAAGUUAGACAAAAUUAUAACAAGAUAACGGACAUUUGUCUUGCCAGCAGAGUUAUCAGUUUAUUGCAACACCCGUAAUUUAUAGCUCCGCCCUCUUGUGUUUGUUGGUUGGUUGCUUUGUCUUGGCUAAGGAAAGCAAAAAGUGAAAAAAGAACUUUGUUGAAAAAAUGCUUGCAAUUAAGCUGAGAAGAUUAGCAACAAUUAUGCUAAUUUUAUUCUACAUUGGCAUGGAUAUAAUACAAGCAUCAGCCUCUGCUUCACCCUCCUCCACCUCCCCCUUGGCCGCGUCCUCCUCUUUGGCGACAGGUUCAAAAAUCAAAGCAAAAGGAAAAAGUAAAUCCUUAUCGCCGGCCGUGGCAGAGUCAGCAAAAUCACCAGCCAUGGCCAAUUCAAAUGGCCAUCUCUUGGACCUGACAUCGGCAACAUUGUCACUGUCCAUGAAGAGAUUGAGGGGCGAGAGAGGGAAGGAGAAGGAGAUGGGAGGCUACAUAAAACAGCCAAGACAUGCCACAGACAAAGAGCAGACCCCAAAGCGUACAUUGCGUACAAUUUAUGAGGCCAAAGAACUGGAAGAUGUUGGCGUGGAUGAAAUGAUGACAGACCGCAUGGAGGUGGGGAAAAACUUCAAAAGUGAAACUGAUUUAUCAUCCUCAUCCAAACACCAGCAGCAUAGGCCAGUGUUGGAAAAAUUUUCGAAAAAGUUUCACUUGCUGGCAGAUGGAAAUUUGGAAGGAGGAGAAGAUAAAGGAAGGCUCAAUGCAGCUGGCAGAAAUUCCAGCACUCAUGCCCUGGAUUCCAAACUGAAAAAUCAGAAUAGUUAUGAAAACUUUGAUCUGUUUGGAAUCGACUUGAUUUCCAGCACCAAACGUCCAGCAUUGGGUCUUAGAGGCAUUAGCACCACCAAGGCCAGUUGGUAUGCCAGCACAUUGAAACCCUCCUCAGAGGGGGUCUUAAAAAUGAGAAAUUUCUACAAAAACACCAUGGCCGAUAAUCGAAGAAAAUUCGAUGGUGGUGCUGAACACCCAAAACGUGAUACCAUGGACUCCCAUAGACAAAGGCUUAAGGGGGAUACAUUGUUUCCAUUGUUGGGCAGACAUCCACCAAUUGUCAAGGAAAGUAUCGAUUUGGAUAUGAACGAUGUAGAUAUGGCCGAUACGAAUGGCGAAGCUGGCUUGGAGGAUGUGAAUGUUGUCGUCGUCGAUGGCGACGAUGCUGUGGAUGCUGUCAAUGGCCAUGAGGAUAAGAAAAAUUAUGAUGCUGAGGAGACCACCAGGUCCAGUGCGGGCAGCAAGCGUGAUAAAAAAUUGCUUACUGCAGAAGUUGUUGACUAUGGAGGAGAGCAUGGAGAGCAUGAUGACGGAGGCGGUGAGGUCCUUGAUGACAAUGAUGAUGAUGAAAACAACGACAAGGGUGCUGAUGAUGAUGACGAGGAUGCUGAGGUUAUAAUGGAUGAUAUAAAUGGUUUUGAUGCCAGUGAUGAAAGUGAGGAGGAGGAAGAGGACGAGGAUGAUGAUGAUGACGACGAUGAUGAUGAAGAUGCUGCUGAUAAUAACUCAGAUGGUGAUGAUGUUGUUGCCAAUGCUGCUGCUAAUGUGCCCGUUGUUAACAAUGCUGCCAAUAUUGUUGCUGCUGCGGCUGGAGCUGGUACUGGUACUGGUACUGGUGCAGAUGAACGGGAGCCGGUUGGUGCUGGCGGCACUGAUGAUAAUGUCAACAUUUCUAAUGGGCUUGUUGAAGACAAUAAAGCUGACAUUGAUGAAAAUGUUGUUGAAAGCGAUGAUACAAAUGAUAGCCAGGAUACAGAUGGCAGUGUUGAUGACAACAACGACAACAACGUGGAGGACAACCUGGCAAUGACAAAUGUGGAUGGUGAUGAUGAUGAAGAUACAGGGACAGAUGAUGAUGAUGAUGAUGUCUUUGAUAAUGACUAUAGCAACAGUGAUGAUGUAUUCUCCGAUUUGUCAAAUUAUCAAAAUGACGAUGAUGGGGAUGGGGAUGAUGAAGAAGAAGUUAAUAACGACAGUGAGGAUGAUUAUGACAGUAGCACCUCCAGUCCAUCUGGGGGACCUCCACCAACAUCCAUAGAUGAAAGCUCCAAGCGCCUGUACAGCAACUUCACCGAAACUUAUAUUAAGGAUAAGAAAAAUGAAUUAUCCUUGGAUAAUUAUCUAAGGAAAACCAAGGUCCUUAACUUACCCGAAGAUCCCCUGCCGCCAACACCACCCUCAGCAGAGGUUUUGAAAUCAGAGCUCAAUAUACCCAUAACAAAAAUCGAUCAAAGCUCCUUGGUGGAUUUCCAUGUAAAUACCAAUCAUAGCAUUAAUUUGCCUCCCCAAGAUUUGGAUUUACUUAGUAACACCCUGCUGGCCAAUCUCUCGGAAUCCUUUGAUACAACAUCACCCAAAAAUCCACCUCUGGAAGAAGAACACAGUGUGGAGCCUUUGAUAUCGGCCAGCACAAGUAUGGGUGGCAUUAACUUGGAACAUCAACCCCACACCUCAUUGUAUGCCAAAGAGGAGAUCAAUUUCAAUGAUUCAGAUGAUAGCGGCGGUCUCACCAAGGAUCUGACCAUGGCUGAUGAUGAUGGCUAUGCCAGUGAAAGUAGCCAAACGAAUGGCUUUCCCUUAACCGAUACUGAGGCCGAAAAUGAUUCCGAUUCAGAGUCAUUGAGUUUGGACAUUGCAGCAGAUUCGGAGUCGGAUGAAUCUAAUCCCUUUCUGGAGGGUGUAGUGGAUGCCGCCAAUGAGGAUGAAAUCUAUGAUUGGGAUGAAAUUUCCCGGAAUAAUCGCCGUAAUUUAAUGAGGGGCCGCGAUGUGGUGACGAAGUUUUUGCAAAUUGUCGAGACCCAACAUUCGCUGGGUUCGAAAUGUGAAGCGGGCACUUCGCUGAAUUUGGGUGAAGGUGUGGUGGAUCGUUAUGCCCAGGAUCGUUUUAGAAUCGAGGCGGAAGUUGCCGUCAAUCGGGCGAAUAUGUUGACGAGAAUUUUCAAAAUGACUUCAUCAGCUGCCCAUGCCGAUGUAAAUCUGUUGCAUGCCUCCGUCCUGUCCAUGGUCGAGUUCGACGAUGACAUCUUUGCUGCUGGCCACUGUUUCGAUUGGAAUGAACAUCCAUCGCAGGCGGGGCUGUUUUGUCCAUUUGCCUAUCGUCUACCGCCACCAGAUUUGGGUGCAAUACUGGCAAAGGACCUAUCAAUGGAAUAUCAUUAUUUGGGCAAUACAUCGGAGUGGUUUUUUCAGGCGCGUAAAAAUGCCGAAAAAGUCAUAGCGCAAAAUGAACAGUAUCUGAAAGCCUUUCAUUUGUAUUCCAACAAAACGGAGGAGGAGCGCAUCGAGGACGACACGUUGGCGGUGAAGUAUGAGGAUGGCCGCUGGUCCAAGCCCUACUAUGACUGCGGUGGCGGCAAUAUUUGGAUGUUGACCUAUACUGUGCCGUUUUUUGGCUACGAGAACGGCACGUAUCAUUUCAAGGGCACAUCCGGCAUAGAUAUUGAUUUGCGGCGUGUCGAUAUCGAUCAGUGUCCACAGCGUAAUAUACCCGGCUCAACAAAGCCACUCAACAUUUUUGCUGGUACCGAUAAAUGUAAACAACGCACAACAAUGUGUGAAGCCAUUCAGGGUUUAGGCUUUCGUCGUGGUUCCUACAAAUGCGUCUGCCGUAAAGGUUAUUAUUUUCCGGAUACAACAAGUCAUCACAAAUAUUUCAAUGGCAGCCUGCUGGAGGAGGAGUACGAGAAACUCAUGCUGGGCAAAAAUUCAACAUACAACAUCAUCAAUGAAUACGAAUGCCUGCCCUGUGCCGAGGGCUGUGACUCCUGUGAAGACGGCUCGCCCUGCAUAGCCGCACUCAAUUGGCCAAUGCGUACAAGCAUUUUGGUUUUGGCCUGUAUUGUAAUUGGAUUACUGCCACCAGCUGCUUGGUUUACAUUCCGUUAUCAACAAGUUAAGGUUGUGCGUGCUGCCAGUCCCGCUCUAUUACGUGUUAUUGCAUUGGGUGCCUUCUUCAUUUAUUGUACGAACAUUGUAAUGUAUCCGAAUCCAAAUUUAUACACUUGCACCGCACGUAUCUGGCUAAGAGAAAUUGGAUUUUCUUUAACAUAUGGAGCAUUAAUGUUGAAAACAUGGCGGAUAUCGGUUAUAUUUCGUGUACGUUCUGCAAAAGCUGUUAAAAUAACGGAUGCUGCUCUACUUAAGCGUUUGGGUUGUAUCUGUGGCGCCAUCGGAACAUGUCUUCUGGUGCGAACCCUGGUCUCGCCGCCAGAUGUAGUGGUUGGCAGGACAGCGGAUGAUCUGAAGGCAUUUUUAUGUAAAACCGAUUGGUGGGAUUACACAUUCACAUCGAUGGAAGUGGUUUUUCUGGCUUGGGGUGUACGCCUCUGCAUUAUGGUGCGCAAAGCUCCAUCCGAAUUCAAUGAAAGCCGUUUCAUCUCCAUGGCAAUUUACAAUGAAUUCCUGCUGACUUGUUUCCUGAAUGUCUCCAUGCUCUUCCUGCAAUCGCCUGCCAAUCCGGAUUUAUUGUACAUAAUAUUUUUCUGUCAUACUCAAUUAACAAUAACACUACUCUUGGCCUUAAUAUUUGGCAGCAAGGUUUAUAUUGUGCUGCGUAGCGGUAAAUCACACCAGGAGAACAUUGGCAUGGGUGCCAAGUCAUCGGGUGCUAAAUUCAAUUUUCGCCCUCAGGUACGCACCUUUGCCAAUCCCAGUUCGGUUACCACCUCCACAGCCCCCGUGGCGGCCACCACGUCAGCAGAAAACAAAUUAUCCGACCAGGAAGCAUUGGAGGAAAUACGACAACUCAGCGUACAACUGCAGCGUAUACAGGAAAUGGCCCCACCCAAGGGUGUGGCGGUAAUGACAAUAUCCAGUCUGUUGGAUGGGCUGAAGACUCCCGGCAGCAUGGUAAUGGUUGCGGCAGCAGCCUCCCAGGCCGUAUCAGGCGGUGGAAAUCAAUUAACCGUGCGACCCAAUAAACCGGAAGCACUGCCGUUACUCUCGCUGAACAGCGAAAUGCAGAAAUACACACAAAUGCAACAACAGCAGCAGCAACAACUGCAAAAAACCAACAACAAUGUGGUGUUACCAGCCAAUGUACCGUCCACCAAGAUAACAAUGGCCACACCGUCAGUGACGACCACUGCAUCGCCCAAGGAUACGGUGGCUAUCGAGGAGAAGGCCAUAAAUACUGAGUUGAGCGGAAAUUGUGUGGCCGAAGAGGAGCUCAAACAACAACAUAUCAUUUGUGAGCGUUGCUAUGAACGGUGUAGGCUAGAUGGUCAUCAGCAGGGGUGCCCGGGUGAGACCGCAGCCAAAACAACAACAACAACAACAACAGCACUGAGUAAAUGUCAACUCUUGGGUUCACCACCGCACGAGGGUAGUCUUACAUUUAAGGAUAUUAAAUUGGAGUGCAUGUGUUCACAAUCCGAUGACUUGGAUCAGUGGCCGACAAAGCGGGUGACCAAAAGGACAGCAGCCACCAAUACCCCACCACCUGCCAUGGGUUUGAGGGGUUCUCGCAAACAAGGUGGGCGCCAUCAUCGCCACAAAGAUGCCAAAUUUGGCAAAGCCUCCACCUCCAAACAGCAUAGAAAACUAAGUAGACUAAGUUCCAAGUGUAGCAAACUGCUGAGCGAUAUUGAGAAAACGCAGCAUAUUUCCAAGAGUGCCACCACCACAGCUACGGCAACAACAACGGCCAUGGGUCUUGGUGCCACUGGCUUACAGCGGGCCAUAGACAAUGCCGAUACAAGUUCCAUACAAAAACAAUAUUCCACCGAUGAUAUAAUUUUUUACACAACCACCGAUUCAAGCUCGACCGAAGACGAAGACGAUGAUGAUGAAGACGAGGGCGAAGGAGAAGAGGCGGAAGCGGAUGAUGACGAUGACACAUCACAUUCCGAGAAUGCAGAAGAGCCAGAGGCUGAAGAUAAAUUGCCCGCAAAAUUAUUUGCCGACGACUCUUCAAGUUUGUCCCAAAGUAAAAGUGAAUCCAAGGUCCCCGCAGCUAAUCAAGGAAUUGAAGAACUGCCCACAGGUCAAGAUUUCAAAAUCAUAUCACAAUCUUUGUUCAACAUCACCGGUGGCGGCAGCAGCACCAAUACACCGAAACGUUCUGCCGCCGCUGCUGCGGCUACUUCUGCAGGAAAUUCCAAUAAUGCCUUAUUAGAUAACAAAACGAGAGCGACCACAUCGGCUGCCAGUGGUUCCAAUGCCACACAGCCCGGACAGUCGCAGCAACAGUCGACGACAGCCAAUGGUAAUGGCAAGACGAAAAGACCCGAUAAACUGGUCUUAAAUCUAAAUGAUCGUUCUAAAUUCACCAAAGAAGUUUCCGUUUGAAAGAGUCAUCUUCAUAAUGUUUGGUUUCAGUUGUUGUAAA